CUUCCUGUUUGUACCGGAAGUUUCACCGGUAUAGGAACUUCGGCCAGUGUCUCUAUGGCUUACCCGCUCCCAAAAACGCGCCUGAGGCCUGGAAGCGGAGCUGGCGCCCGCUCGCUUCCCUGUCGGGCCAUGUAACUGACUCUGUCACCAUGGAGCCUCCCGACACGAGGGUCCUCCUUUUCCCUUCAGAGGAGACGCAGGAUCCUCCCCUGCCAAAUGAAGUUUUAACCUCUGUGGUGCCAAAUCUAACCCCAAGACAUCAAGACCUCAUCCCUACCCCAUGUGGCCCUAUAAAACCAUGGUCGGAGCUGUCCUCUCCGGUCAAGAUCUAUUUCUGCGUCACCAUCCUCUCCCUGUUGAGCGUCAUCGGAUUAACCAUAGAGAACCUCGUUCAGCAGAAGGACGAAGACUUCACUGUCUCUCUCAUUCAGCUGAUCGGCGUCGUCUUCUGCAUCUACUACGUGAGCCGGGGCAUCUUGCAAGAGAACCGCCAGGAGCUCAUCGUCUUCGUCCUCUCCGUCGCGCUGGUCAUGCUGCGCUCAGUCGUCAACUUCAGUGUCCUGCCUGCCGAGCAGAAGCCCAAACUGCUCGCCCGCUUCGUCCUGAUCCUUUUAGUCGGCGCCUUCGACGUGAUCUGCGCCGUUGUCCUCAUUCAGACCGAAAGCAUGAUGGCCUUCCGGGUGGGUGGAGCCUUGGAGAGCCUCCAGGCCCAAUACUUCAUGCUCAACCUCUGCUUUUCCAUGCUGACCUUUGACCUCCAGGCUCAGCUUUGCUUGUGCGUUCUGCUGCUCACCUCAAUUCGGGAGAUCUCAGUUCUGCACAGCAUCUUCCUGGCGGCUGGGAUUCUGUGGGCUGGGCUGAAAGUUGUCUGUGGCAUCAUUGCUAUCUUAAAAGAGUUAAAACCUCUAGCCUGGAUUUUUCUGAGUCAGAAUUUGCCUGAGGUUGCUUAUCUCGCCUACCUGAUCUAUACGGUGAUCGAAGAGUGGGGGCAAGGGAGUUCCUAUGCGCUGGAAGCAGCUGUCAUCACCUGUUCCUGCAUCUCUGUGAUGAUCAAAAGUGUCCUGUUCUGGGCGUUGUUCCAUGUCUACCACAGCUUUGGGCAAGGGCUGAGAGAAAGGAUGUUUUCUUCCUAUGGAAGGAUUGACUCGUGAAGCAUGACGCCUUCUCCAGGUACGAGGCGACACUCCUACAAAGUGAAAGUGUGCUGUGAGAGAUCAGUUCCCUGCUCCGACCCAAGAAAGUGGGGACCCAAAAGGCAGGUUGCAGCAGGACCAGCUUGACCACAGUUCAACAGAAGACGUUUCACAACCCUGCACCUCCUGGGGCUUGCUGCAAGAACUCUGCUCCGUCAAGUUCGAGUCCUUUCGCAAAACAGCUCCUGCAUGCAGCAACCCCGUCAAGAUUCCUCCGGUGUGUUUGUUUGUUUACGCUAGAUACCACUUCACCCAUUACCCCACCUUCAAAACAGCUGCCAGGAUGACCCCCUCCUGCCGUGGCUUGCCUACCACCGGUGAGUGUUGCUGACGGACCAGUAAUUUGGUGCUUUCUUCCUCGAGCACAAUCCUGCACCUAGAUUAGCUUUGGGCUUUGGAAACCUGGUGGGGAGGGCCUAGGCGACACUAUGUGCCCUCAUUUGCCGUAUUUCACUGCUGAGAGCCUCAUCCUGGCAAACGAGGAGCCGACAUUCCUCCAAAGUUUUAUCUGUUUUAAGAUGACAGCCCCCAUCCGGUGAAAUUUAUGGCUCUCACAUAGAACCAAAGAUUAGAAUUCUAGUGGAAGGCAGCUUGAAGCUUUCGUGGGCUGCUUAAAAAGUUGCAUGAGGACCACAUGCAGCCUUCAGGACGCACCACCUCUAGAUGUUCUGGACUGCAGUUCACAUCAGCCCCAGGCACUGCUAGCUGGGGCUGAUGGGAGUUGUAGUCCAAAACAUCUCGAGGGCGCAAGCUUUGCAGAGGCUGCUCGAAACCCAGCACCUCUGCGGUUGCAAAGCCAUCUUGCCUGCCAUUAACCCAAAUCCAAAUGGGUGUGUUUGGUUUGAAACUGGAAAUACGGCUCAAACUGCAUAACCACCGUCGUGACCCCUCUGGCCAGCCACAGCCAUUUCCCCAUCUAGCCGAUAACCUAUAGCCCUGGCAGAACAACACCCAAGUACUGAUGUUGGUGUGUGCUGAAGGUGGCUUCUGUGCUGCUGAAGACCUUCACGGUGGCAAGAUACGCUGUUUUUACUCGUCUUGGCACUCUUGCUUCUGGUCCCAUCCCUUUGGUGGAGGGCCGAGGGCCCGAGAAAUAGGAGAGCCUCAAGUUCCAGUUUUGCCCCAGGAAGAGUGGCUGAUUCAGCACCAUCAGAAUGGUUGAAGAUUUGGGGCAAAGGGAAGGCACCCUCCCCAAAGGUUACAUGGAGAAGGGCUGCCCCCACCCCAGCCAACUCCAGAAUCUGACUCCAAGGAGUAUGUCUGUGCCUUAAACAGGAGAGAGAUUUAGACAGGCAUGAGGAAUCUGCAGAUCCCCAGACAUUGCGUGGAAGCUCUGGCCCACCAGCUGUGUCGACCUCCUGGCUCCCAUCAGCACCAGCCUGCAUGUUGAGUGGGAGUUGUAGUUCAGCAAACAACCAGAGGCUUCCCCACACACCUGCACCAAAGCAAAGGGUGGGCAGCUUGUGGCAAUUCCCCAUAUGUUCAACUACAGCUCCCAACAGCCCCGACUGUUGGCUGGGGCUAUUGAAUGUUGCAAGAACGUGGGGGGGGGCACAGGUUCCACCAUGCCUUUGCUGAUCCUAUCCCACCCCAGAAAUGCUUGUCCUACAGCACUUUGGGGAGAACUCUUCUUCCACACAGGGCUCUUAAGAAGAUGCUUUUGCCGUGGAAGCCUUAGCCCCUGUUGUUUCAAGGACAGCCUUUGCCAACCUGGCUCCCUCCAGAUGUUCUGGCCUACAAACCCCAACUGUGCUGGCUGGGGCUGAUAGGAGUUGUAGCUCAGAACUUUGGAGGGCACCAAGUUGUGGGGACGGGACAGGACACUUUCCUUGAAGCUGCCCACAAGCUGCUUGGACAGUGCUUCCACCUCCCACUUGCUAAAGCUUCAGCAAUUUGCUUCUGUCGGUAUUUGUGUGGCUGACUUCUUGCUAAGUCCCAAAUAAUUUCUCUGCCUCCUUACCUGAUUUCUUCCCCUCACACCCUAAAUUAUUAUUUUGGUCCUAAUUUUUCAAACUAACCAAGCCUAUGUGAGUGUCUUAACUGAUGCGCUUUUCAACAGCAGUGAGGGUGGUUUUUUUAAUUAAGGAAAAAGAAUGUUUAAUACAGUAAUUCAAAGCUUUGUUAAUUUAUUAAGAGGUUUGUUACUGGCCUUGUAUUUUUCAAUAAAGUGUCAAUACCACCAAUUAGAGGGUUUGUUUUUCAACAUUGCCUUUCCAAAAAGGAAGCAUUUUUUAAAAAGGAAAAUAUUAAGUUUGAACAUAGUGAGAUUACAUAAUUGCCCAUUACUUUCAUUGUUAGUUGCCAGGCAGUGGGCUUGUUUGCUCACUCCUUGUUUGCCUCCAUUGACUUGGCUCUUGCUGAAAGGCAACGAGCUGGGUAGAAAAAAAUCUCCUCCCUUCCCAUUCCGGUUAUUUAUUUUAAAGAGUUCUUUCCACAUCUCUCCUUUCUAUUUACUUUGCUCCCACCUGUUAUCUCUCAACCACCAACAACCCUGCACAAACAUCGCCCUUGUGACAAAACGAAAAUUAUCUGUCUUUUGGAAGAAUAACCUUUCCUUAAUGGAAAGCGGGAAGAGAAGUACUGUAGCGCUCUCAUUGCCAACCCAUGUUCGCUGUAAUGUUUCCACUUCCCCAUAAUCUUUCAAAAUGGUGGCAGCUUCCACUUGUGAGAGCUUCCACUUACAAGAAAAAUGGCUGCCAAUUGGAAUGGCUUUGAGUGGGCAAAUCAUGGAGGGUAAGGCUUUCAGUGGCUAUUAGCCAUGAUGGUUAUGUUCUGGUCAGAGGCAGUAAAGUUUCUGAAAAGCAGUUGGUGGAAAACGCAGGAAAGGAGAGCACUCUUCUCCUACACAGGCAUCUUAUUGGCCACUGUGAGAACAGGAUGCUGGAAUAGGUGGUUCAUUGGCUUAAUUCAGCAGAUUCCUCUUACGCUCUCUAGUUUCCAUGGUGCUUCUCAACCCGGAGAUAGCCCAUGUGGUUACCCUGGAGGUCAUCCCUGACGACUGGCCAUGGUGGCAAGGGAUGAUGGGAAGUUGGGAGCCCAGCACAUUUGAAGGGCAGAUUGGUUCGCCGUUGCUGAAAACAUGAAAGCAGAUGGGACGUUAAGAGGACUGAUGCAGUAGGCCCAGUCUUGAGCUCUCUCUCCCCUUCCACAAACCUGAGAUUAACCAAAACAGAACUCUUACGUCCUUUGCUUGUGGGCCCCCUGCAACAAGUCACUGUGUUUUAAUGCCUUGCAAAGAGCAAAGAAUUUUUAUUUUAAAAAAUGCUACGGCACAAACUCCAACUUUGGAAAAAAAAAGGUUUAUUGAAAAGGUCUGGAAAAUAGUUUUGCUCUCAGCAAUAUUUAACAAGUCUUUUUCAAAGCAGUAACAAUAUGAAACGUUAGGCUUUUUUUAUUUUUUCCUUUAUAAAGUUCGGAACUCUGGGCGCUGUGCCAUGUCAUCAACACUUUUAAAGUUUUGAGUGAAACAAGGCUUGCCUCUUUGGAGGGGCGGGGGACCUCUGACACACAAUGAAUGAACCACAUCAGGCCUACUCCAGGGGGCUAAGGAGCCUGUGGACCUCCUGGCGUUAUUGGACUCCCAGAGUUGUACCCGACGAGAUUAAUGACCUUGACAAACUUGGGUUCAAGGGGUCUGCUCUUGAGUAGGACUACAACCCCCAUCCCGCCAAAUCCCCCCAGCCUCAGCCAGCAAGGCCUCAGCCAGCAAGGCCCCAGCCUCAGCCAGCAAGGUCAGGGACGAUGGGAGGUGGGAUUCUAGCAGCAUCUGUGGGACUGUGCAUUCCCUGACACGCCCCCCCCCCCCCCGCCGUCAUCAGCCUGCCACUCUGUCCCUUCUCUGCUACACCCAACAAGGCUGCCAUGUUUUAGGAAGCCUGGAAUGGGCACCUAUGCAAAGCACUGUAAAGGAAAAGGAGUGGGCUUAGGCCAGGUAUGUCAACAGGUCUUCCAAGCAGAAGUCACACAAGACAAGUGGGGAACCUACUGGAUUAGUGGAUCAGACCCGUUCACCCCCCCAAAAAAAACAUUUUAACUAAUGCUGAAUUAAAGAAAAAGCCAAGGACCUCUUUGGAGAUCCAACCGACGUGCCAUAUUCUCAGCACACCUACUUAUUUCUGCAAUGCAGAAGGGAACCAAGGUCCCUUCCAACUCUGCAAUGAUUCUACAGUGACUCCCUGUGAACAGUCCCCUCGCCUGACUGUACUUCCACCUCCUGGUCAGGACUCCCAUCCUGCAAGCUCCCAUUCCUGGCAAGCUGAUCUAUCAGUUCACCAUACUGCUGCUCGUAAAGGGGUGGCAGGCAGGGAGAGAUUGAGAUCUUAAACACCUAGUGAAUCAAAAACAAGCCAAAAACCAAUCAGCUACUUAGCUGAAACAAGAACUCAGAAUGCAGGAAGGCGGUGUUCGUUGACCUUAGCUUCAGUGCUUCCUUUAAAGGACAGUGUUGAGGAGGGGUUGCAAUAAGGAGAACCUAGCUUUUAACUCCUCCUGCUCUCUCCUUGCCUAGGCCUUCUGCUUACCCAUUUUCUCAGCCUGCUCUAGAAAACGGGGCUUUAAUAUUCCACACGGUAGGUAGCCUGUAGAAUGAAGCUCUGUGCAACCGCCAACCGUUGGCAAAUUGUCUGUUCCUCAGGAGAAGCGAUGGCUGCAGUGUUAAUGUUACAUACGUUAAAUGGGGUUGUACUCUGGGAGCUCUUCACUUGAACAGAAACUGGCUCAGGAACCAGUUUCCUUUCCAAUCAGCGGCUAAAGAGGAAGACCUGCAAGAACUGCAGAAAAUCAUACAGGCCUUAUGGCUCAGUGCUCAACCACAUCAUAGGAUGGCGGUAGCCCUUGGGCCCAGCCGAGCUCUCAACCUUGCAGAGGACAGACAGCGGUCCCCAAUAGCAGAUGCAAGGACCAGAUGAGGCCUUAAGGCAAUGGUGCAUUGCAAGGGUGGCGGGAGCUUUGGCCCUCCAGAUGUUGCUGAACUACAGUUCUUGACAUCCCUGGCCACUGACCAUGCUUGGUGGGGCUGAUGAGAGCUGUAGUCCAGCAAUACCCAGAGGGCAAAAGGCCCCCACCCCUGAGUACUGAAAGCGA